GUUGCAAGCACGAGAAGCACGUAUCUGAUCAGCCGUUCAAACUACAUUCUAGCUGACACCAUCGAGUAUUCGAAAGUUCCGUAAUAAGGAAGAAGUUCACCGAAAGGACUUUGUCGCCAUCACCAGGGCUCUUACUACUCAGCCAGCGUCGUUACCCCCCGAUCCAUCAUACCGCCGUGUGCGAGCUGAGCUUCUUGCUGCUGUCAAAGACGGACCACAUUCACCACCACAAUGCCAGUUCGUGUCAUUUGCGCCGGCUGCGCAAAACGACCUUCUCAACAUGAUUGGGACAGUAGCUGGCUCGGAGGGUACACCUUAUGAGGGGGGCUUGUUCCUGAUUUCUCUUUCUAUCCUCUUGUCGUAUCCGAGCCAGCCACCCGACUGUCGAUUUGCGACCAAGAUCUGGCAUCCUAAUGUCGGCCACGAUGGCCAGAUCUGCUUGAACAUCCUGGAUGAGAACUGGAGCAAAGCGCUUUCUAUCACAACGAUUCUCAUCUCGUUUGUCGCAUUGCUCGGGAGCCCUGGCCAAUUUAUGGAAGAGGAGGGAGGGACAUCAAGCCCACUGCGACCAGAGGCGGCAGAAAUGUGGUUGCCAAACUCGGCAGAGUUUGAGAAAACUGCGCAGGAGUGGACUCGCCGAUAUGCCAUGUCUGUCCAGGCCGAGGAUUGAUUGGUAUUGUUGAGAGACAGAAAGCUCGCAAGAGAGAUUCAAAAUCGAACUACAACCACCUUGUCAACAUACUCAUACAUAGUAG